AUGUCGCGAGAAGAAGACGAAGUGUCUUUGACAUCUAGCAUUGAGGAAAACCCUGAAUCAGAUACUGAAUGGGAAAUCGAGGGCAUCAUCGGUGAUGCCCUCCUCGCUGAGAGGGACGACAAUGAUCGACCACUGACAAGACAUAGAUGCCUCGUCUUGUGGACAGGUUUUCCGCUUGCCGAGGCUACAUGGGAACCAAUAGAGAACUUGCCCGAGGAGACUGUCGCAGAGUGGGAAACGUGCAAAAGAAAAAUCGAAGAUGAGGGAGGCGACCCGAAAGAAUCAAUCAGCAAAUGGGUGAGAGAGCAGGAGAGAAAGAUCGGCAGUCGUUACAAACGCCACAAGCUGCGAAACAAGCUUAGGACUCGGCAUGGGCUGAACCCGAAACCGUGGACAGUGGCAGGCGGACAACUUCCAAAGGAAUUGUCUGAUGAGAUGAGGAGGUUUUACCUACAAGAAGCUCUCAGUAUCUGGUCGCCUUCCGAGUUCGAAUCCAACAACUUUGAUUCACUUAACACGCCCAAGGCCCGACCGCCGCAACCUACGGCAUCCACGCAAAGCAAGGUUAACGACGACGACGACGACAGGAACAACAACACUGCUUCAAAUGGAUCCAUGAGCAGAGAAGCGCGCCCGCCCGGCACAAGUCCAGCCCGCAAACUAUCGAAUGCGAAGCAGACUGUCCAAGACUCUGAGGAACCUCGCCCUACAGGAUUGAAAAGGCUUAGCACACUUCCAGGCGCGGCAAAGAAGCCUGAACCUCGCAAAGCUGAACCGAUGGCCCCUGUCGGCAACGUAUUUUCGGGUGGCAAGCGCAACGUCUCAAUCUCCAUAAGCAACAUCUACUUUACAAAGCAUCCAGAAAUGCGGAGGACCGAGACCCCCGACGCCGGCCAGAAGUUUCCGAAAUGUCUAACCCCCUUUUGCCUGGGUCGAGCACCAGCCACAACGACAGAUCUCAAGUCCCCAUUACUGAUCCCACCACGGAUCCUAUCCUUGAAUCCCGUCCAAGUUCCCUCAAAUCGUCUGCAACGAAUACUUCAGAUGCUUCUGAUCUUGCCCACGGUGUUCGACCACCGCUAA